GGUGGUGCCGGGGGCGGUGGGGAUGGACGGGGUCGAGGCGGAGGGCGGCUCCCCUUACUGCUGUGCGGAGUGCGGGGCCGGUUUUGGCCGUCCGUCGGAGCUGGAGGCCCACGCCUGCGACAGGGAGGAGGAGGAGGAGGAGGGCGAGGGCGACACCGGGCAAGGGCGGCCCUUUGCCUGCCUGGAGUGCGGCAAGCGGUUCACGCACUCCUCCACCCUGCUGAGCCACCGGCACACCCACACCGGGGAGCGGCCGUUCGCCUGCGCCGUCUGCGGCAAGAGCUUCGCCCGCUCCUUCAGCCUGCUGACCCACCGGCGGGUCCACACCGGCGAGCGGCCCUUCACCUGCGCCGUCUGCGGCAAGGGCUUCACCCAGUCCUGCAACCUGCUGAGCCACCGGCGGGUCCACACCGACGAGCGGCCCUUCCCCUGCGGCCAGUGCGGCAAGCGCUUUCGGGUCUCCAGCAGCCUGGCCCGGCACCGGCGCGUCCACACCGGCGAGCGGCCCUUCCCCUGCCCGGUCUGCGGGAUGGGCUUCACCCAGUCCUCCCACCUCCUGGCGCACCGGCGGGUGCACACGGGCGCCGGGCCCUUCGCCUGCUCCGUCUGCGGCAUGGGCUUCACCCACUCGUCCAGCCUGCUAACCCACCAGCGGGUCCACACCGGCGAGCGGCCCUACACCUGCGCCGUCUGCGGCAAGGGCUUCACCCAGUCCUCCAACCUCAUGACCCACCAGCGGGUCCACACCGGCGAGCGCCCCUUCCGCUGCGGGCAGUGCGGCAAGCGCUUCAAGGUCUCCUCCCACCUGCUGCGGCACCAGCGCGUCCACACCGCCGAGCGCCGGCCCCCAACCGGGGGGCCCGGCGGUGACGAGCCGGCUGGGCGGCCCACCCUGAGCCCCGCCUGACGAGGGGCUGCGCUCCCGGUCAACCGUUUUCCACCGGUGGGGGGAGGGGGUGGUUCCGGCAUUUGGUGAGGGCGUGGGCGGCUGGGGGUGCUGGCGGUGGUACAAGGUGGGGGGGAGGGGUCCCCUUCCACCCGAAGUUAAAUAAACCUUUCCUUUCACGCCACCCCAGCCCCCUAAUUGCCGCGCGUCUCCAAGGGGUUGUGGGGGGGUGGGGUCGUGGCUGUGGUUUGAAUGCUUUGUGUACACCUCGAAAUAAACCUGCUUCGUUUCAAACGCA